AUGGAGAAGGAGGAUCUAUCACAGCUCUGCUUUCCACAACUCAUCAAUAUUUCCUGCAGGAAGCCCGCGUCUCAUUGGUCUGAAGGUGUUCUUUUAAAUGUUUUUCUGGCGAUCAUCUGCAUCUCCAUUGUGAUUCUCAACCUGCUGGUCAUCAUCUCAAUCUCCUUUUUCAGGCAGCUCCACACUCCCACCAACGUCCUUCUCCUGUCUCUCGCUGUAUCUGACAUUCUGGUGGGCCUCCUGGUGAUGCCGAUUGAGAUCUUCAUGAGGACAUCCUGCUGGACCCUUGGCGAUGUUUUUUGUUCUUUGUGGUUCUACGUGACUGUCUCACUGACUUCUGUCUCAGUGGGAAACAUGGUGCUGAUAUCAGCCGACCGUUAUUUGGCUAUUUGUGAUCCUCUGCAUUAUAACACCAGAGUCACUUUAAAAAGAAUUCGACUUUGUGUUUGUCUUUGUUGGUUUUUUGCUUUUCUCCUCUGUAGCAUCAUUUUGAAAGAAGGUCUGACUCAUCCGGGAAAGUCUAAUUCCUGCUAUGGAGAGUGUGUUAUUGGUAUAGACUUCGAAGGUGGGAUUAUUGACCUUGUUAUGGUCUUCAUUCUCCCUCUCAGCAUCAUCAGCACUCUGUACAUGAGAGUGUUUAUGGUUGCUGUGUCUCAGGCCCGAGCCAUGCGCUUUCAUGUUACAUCAGUCAAACCACAUUCAGUCACAGUAAGAGCAAAGAAAUCUGAGUUGAAAGCAGCCAGGACUAUUAGUGUCCUUGUCUUUGUAUUCAUUGUGUGUCUCUGUCCGUAUUACAGUGUUUCUCUUGCAGGUGACAACAAAAUAAUGUCUUCAUUUGCAAGCUAUGCUCCGUAUCUGUAUGAUUUUAACUCCUGUUUAAAUCCGUUGAUAUAUGCCUUGUUUUAUCCUUGGUUUAGAAGAGCUAUAAGACACAUUUUCAAGCUGCACAUACUGCAGCCUGGCUUCAGGGGGAACAACAUACUGUAA